AUGCCGUCCUCGCACGGCCCGCCACGCCGACAUCACCACCACCAAAACUUUCCUCCCCAGCAGUACACUGAUUUGAGAAGCAGCGAUAUCUCACUAUUAGCACCCUUGUUCGGACCGAAGCCAGCACCUACAUCACCUACGUAUGCGGCAUACGAGUCCAGCACCCGCAAGAAGAUCAGUGAACUACCAUCUCACCUGCGAAGUAAACUAGCCAUACUCUCCACAUUCUGCUCCGUGCACAAUAAGUUGAACUCCCUCCCCAUCACAAGCAUUCUCACCUUCAUGCAGAAUGAGGUUACGCCCGAAKCUCUCUUCCACUGGGCGCCAGUCGAAAAGACAAGUUGGUUAGACAGAAAGACUCUCGCUCUUCUCGAAGAAAUGAACUCUGUCUGGCAAAGUCCCGCCGCCUUCCAACUUGAUUACUGCAGACUUCCCAACUCUAGGACUCGAUGGAAUUUCAUAAACAGCAAAUGCGCAGCCUGUAAACUCGUCGAAGUCGCCAACAACGUCCCCGGAAUCGUGGCUUUGGGCGGUUGCGUGAUAGCACGUCUCGAUCCCGCGAAUUGGAAGAAGAGCAAGCGAAUCCAAUGGUUUGAAAAGUGGAUUGCCGCCUCGGUUGAGCGAGAAGAUCAAACCGAAGGAGUGGUAAAAGCCAUGUGGGAAUGUGGCGUCAAACUCAGGAAUGCCAUGGGAACAAGCGACGCGCCAGGGAAGAGAGCUUACAUCGAUGACUUUGUGGCUCAGACACGGAUGCCGCUGAGACCUGCGCGGUCCGAAACGCAGGAGAGUCACAUUGCUGAUACAGCACGGCUAAUGAGCGAUAAAGAUGAAGAUGAGGGCUCGGAUACGCAGUCUAUCAAGACGAUUCGGAAACGAUUCCCACCGAUUGCUAAAUCACCGCCACCGCCGCCGCCGCCAGGAGCUAGUGUCGCCGCUCCUACUCCCGAGCAAGCGCCUCCAACAAAGCUGCCGACGCGGUACAUACCAUCUGUAGAUUUCUUUGGACGAGCUCAGCAGAGUUUCCACGCGGAUGACACAAAGACUUUGCUGAAUCCGGCGGCUCCGAUAACGCCACCGGCACCUCUUCGUCCCACGACAUCCAAGCCUGAGGGAUAUCGGGUCGCGUCUUCAAUUUAUUCGCGUGCUACUGAUGAAGAUGAUGAUCGGGAGAGAUGGGGUAGUCAGGAGGAUUGGUUUCGUACUUCGGUGCUUGAGGAGGGGGAGUUUAUUGAUUCUUAUAGUCGGUCUUCGAAAGGGGCGAGGGACGUUCAGCCUGAUGAGCGGGGGUUUAUAUAG